GCCGUCAUGGUUCGUCUUUGAGAGGUGACCGUGCCUUAUCCGCCGUGCUCUCAAAACUGAAUUUGCAGCGUUUUACGGAUGGUGAUGUCUUGGGGUUAUUUUAGUCCGCACAGUGGAGGCGCGGCGCGGCGGCGGAUGGUCACGCGAGCUUCCUGUGUGGAGCACGCGCGGCGUAACCACGGCAACUAGACUGCGACGACCCCAUGCUUCCUCCGUUGAAGUGUAAACAUUGAAGACGGUGUGAAUAUGGAUGAAGUGAAGACAAAAACACGAACUAAUUCUUCAGAGUCUACGGCUGAGUCACCUGAAAGUGUUGGGAGUACCAUCAGGAGUGUGGAUGUUUAUCCUGACUGCGGUUCGGACGUGGACAAUUCCUUUCAAGCAGAAUAUGCCAGGAAAGAAUUUGCCAUGUUGCUUCCAGAGGAAAAGCUCAAGUACUACAGCAGCAGAGCUCAGGCCAGAGCUGACAACCAAGAUUUUGGAGCUUGCAUCCAGGACCUGGUUCGUUGUGUUGCUCUGACAAGGCUGCUGUUUGGGGAUUCACACCUGAAACUAGCCCAGGCCCAGGCCAGACUGGUUGAAGCAUAUUUACUAUACAAAGGCUGGGGACUGCAGGCCAAGGAGCAUGCAGCCCGAGCACGAGAGCUGCUCCUCUUCUGCUCCUCCAUGUCCUCCUGCACAGCUGAGAAGCAGGAGAUCCGCACGUGUCUCCUGGGCCUUCAUCUCACACAGGGAGCUGCUUCACUGAUUACAGGCACUUUAGAAGAAGCAGAGUCUUCUUUUCUGGAGGCAGAGCACGUCCUUGAGGAUCUUCGCAGUGUUAUCAACCAGGAAGAAGUGAUGAAGACUCAGCUAGAAAUCUUCACUGGUCUAUGCAGGGUCUAUAGGGGACAGGGCAGACCGGAGGAAGCAUUAAGCCAGUGUGAGAAGUCCCUGCAGUUGCUGAAGGAGUCUGCUAAUCCAGAGAAGACCUGCUCUGUUUACAAGGACAUGGCUGGCAUCGAACAGGACAGAGGUCUUAUGGACAGAGCCGUGGAGCAUCUCUCCAAGGCUCAUGCCAUCGCCAUGAGUCAUGGCCUGGAGGAGCUGGAGGGGGCUCGGAUCUCUCACAGCCUGGCCCUCAUCCUUUCUGCUGCAGCAGAGCCCCACCACAAUGAGUCUGCAGGUCAGUACUUUGAGCAGAGUCUGAGUUCCUACAGGACUGCUGUGGGUGAACUGGAUCCGGCCUUUCUCACAGCUCAGGACGACUUCUGUCGAUUUCUCCUCAUCAGUGGAGAAAAAAAGAGAUGUGUGGAGAUCCAGAGAGCCUCUGUCGAUUCGAAAAGAUCUGCAUUCGGUGACCUGAGCGCUGAGGUGGCUGACACCCUGCAGCUGAUAGGAAGCGUGGAGAUGACUGAGGGCAGGUUGAUCCAGGCCCACAGGACCAUGACAAAGUGCCUGAAGAUCCAGAGUCUGCUGUACGGGCCUCAGCACAAGAAGACCAGAGCAACACAAAAAGCUGUGGACGUGCUGGCUCGGUAAAUUUGCUGUUUGUGGCACCCGAGGUAGCUGAGAAACUGCAGAGGCAUGGUGGAAAGAAAACUAAAUCUCACACGUCUUCGGUCAUACCAUCGAGCCGUCAUGAGGAGAACUCCGUGUCUGACUCCUGAACUUUCACUUUACUUUUUAACACCACAAAAAGUAAAAAAACAAACUUUGGGUUAAGUUUUCUAUUUUUGAUCUAGUUUAUCACAUUUUCACCAAGGCAACAAUGCUACAAUAAGAAUCUGCUAUAUUUUCUCUUUCUGUUGGCCAACAAUGGUCUGCAUGACUCUGCACAUCAAGUGAAGAAUGACGCAAAACAUCCAGAUAUUUUGUAAUGUUUUAAUUUGGACGUGAACACAAGUGCGGACAUUACACACAUGCCAUCCCGAGUACUGGUAGUUGUCAUUUGUUUGAUAGAAAUCUUUACCAA